AUUCGACCCCUCGACUUCAACCACUCAAGAUGAUGAAGAUCGCCGUUGUCCUGGCCCUUGUAGCCGUAUCCGUGGCCGACAAGCUGCCCCUGACCAACCCUCCUCCACCAGUAGCCAUCAUGAGGCAGACCCAGGUCAACCCAGAUGCCCUCGGUGCCCACAGCUCCGACUUCGAGGCCGAGAAUGGCAUCGUCUUCCAGUUCUCUGGAUCUGAGGGAGCCACUGGUGGUUCCAACAUGAUUGGUUCUUACAGCUACCCACAGGAAGAUGGCUCCCUGGCUACAGUCUCCUUCGUGGCCAACGAGAACGGAUACCAGCCCCAGUCUGACCUCCUGCCAGUGGCCCCAGCCUUCCCCCACCCAAUCCCACAGUUCGUCCUCGACCAGAUCGAGUUUGCACGCCUCGAGGACGAGCGUAAGGCUCGUGAAGGAAACAAGGCCUAAGGAGAGAAUGUUCCUUAGUUCCUCCGACCGUACCGAACAACAUCCUUGUUAUUGUGUGAUUUAAACGAGUCAUAUUUAUUGAUGUAGUCGCUAUUCGUGAAUAAAAUGGACUAUUUA